AUGCUUGUACGUUUUAUUGGAACAUACUCCAUAAUACCAUCCAACAAUCUCUUCUUUUCAGAUAUACCCAAAAAGGAAGGAAAUGUGGAUGAGAUUGGUGAGAACGAAGACUUGUUUUCACUCGAUUUUGAGAAACAAAUCGAGGAGUACGAGAAAGCACUUGAGCUUGGGCUAGAGACUCCAUAUGACAGCGAAGAAGACGACUAUUAUGAUGAGUAUUGGAAUGGGGAAGAUUUAGUUGGAUUGGGGGGUACUUCUGACACAAAUGUCGCCGUUGCUAAGAAGGCUUUCAAGAACAUUGUUGCACAUGAUCUAUUGCGUCAUCUACUGAAAAGACUCAGAUUUGGAAAUCCAGAAGAAAAAGCUAAAAAGAGAUUAUGGAGUCAUGUGCAAAAACUCAACAAGCUAAAGGAAUUAAAGGCAAACGAAAUGAUGGAUAACGGAAAUCAUGGAAAAAUGCGGGCUGUCAAAGGUGAGUCUCCAUACCAAGCUGCGUAUGGGAAGUGGUGA